GGGAGUGUCUCCUCCUGCUCACUCACAAACACUCACACACACACACACAUACAAGCUUAGGUGGAGUGAGACGCACGGGACGACCUGUCAGGCCUCAGCUCAAACAUUCCUGCCUUCACUCCCACUGGAAUUGAACCUCAAAUCAGGAUGAUGUGCAUGUGACCAAAGCGGGACGAUGUAUGAGGUGAUGUCCGGCGACACCCUGGCCUGGAAGGCGCCCAGUCCCAGAACCAGCGGUACCGACUCAGGCCCAGCUUCACCCCUCAGUGGAGAUGGAGGCGUUGUCAAGAUCCUCAAAGUCUGCUUCUGCACCAACAACACCCUGGGCAAGAACUUCAAGCUGGUCAAGUGUGACAGUUCGUGGCAAAUCCGGGCCAUCAUCCGUUCCAUCCUCAUCAGCGGCCGCCUGGGACCAAAUAUCGAGUACGCAGGCUGUUACGGAAUCCUGUUGAAGCACCUGAAGUCAGAGGAGCUUCACUGGCUCCAUCCUGAUCUGACAGUGGGGGAAGUGGAGCAACGCUAUGAGAGCCAUCAUGUGGAGGCUGAAUGGAGGUAUGACCUCAGAGUCCGAUAUGUUCCGGUCAACUUCCUGGAGAAAUUUAAAGACGAUAGGUCAACAUUACUGUAUUUUUACCAACAGGUGAGGAGCGAUUACAUGCAGUAUCACGCCAGCACGGUCAGUGAUGGCAUGGCACUACAGCUCGGCUGUUUGGAGAUCAGACGAUUCUACAAGGACAUGAACGCCAAAGGCUUGGAGAAGAAGUCCAACUUUGAGCUCUUAGAGAAAGAGGUGGGACUGGACCUGUUCUUCCCUCCACAGCUCAUCAACAGCAUGAAGUCCAAGCAGCUCCGGAAGCUGAUCCAGCAAACCUUCCAGCAGUACGCGACCAUGAAAGAAGACGACUGCAUGAUCAAGUUCUUUGAGACGCUGAGGGAGGUGGUCAGUUACGAAGAAGAGGUCUUCCCCUGUGAGCUGGUGCAAGGCUGGAGUCUGUCCGUGGAGCUGGUCAUUGGUGGCAGAGGGAUUCGACAAAGGACGCAGAAGAACUCAGCGCCCGUGUUCAUGGCCGACUUCAAGCAAAUCAAGAAAAUACAGUGUUUACCUCAGAGCGACGGCAAAGCUCUCAUCAACCUCGACGUGGAAGGGGCCAAACAGCGCCUGUCCAUCAACGUGGCCACUGUCCCCGCGGCCGAGAACAUGAUGGACCUGAUCGACGGAUACUGUCGUCUCGAGAAGAACACGGAUGACUCUGUGAUUUACAGAGCAAAUAAAGAUGCACCUGCUCGAUCUUCACUACCUGAUAUACCCAGUAGCAGAGACACCAGCACUCUCAGGCACAGCAUGGGGUCAGAUAUUUAUUGUGAGAUUCUAGAUGAAAGACCAGUGUCAGCAGCAGUGAAGUACGGCAUCGACCGGCACGACAUCGUCCUGGGACGAAUCCUCGGUGCAGGCUUUUUUGGGGAAGUCUACGAGGGCGUGUACAAACAAGCUGAUGGAGAGAGAGUCAACGUGGCAGUGAAGACCUGCAAAGACUGUUCGCCUGACGUGAUGGAGAAGUUCAUGAGUGAAGCAGUGAUCAUGAAGAACCUGGAUCACCCCCACAUUGUUAAGCUUAUCGGAAUCAUUGAGGAGGAUCCGGUGUGGAUCGUCAUGGAGCUGUACCAGCAUGGAGAGCUCGGGAACUACCUGACCCAGAACAGCGACUUGUUGACCAACACAACCCUGGUUCUGUUCAGUCUGCAGAUCUGCAAAGCCCUGGUCUACCUAGAAGGGGUCAAUAUGGUGCACCGUGACAUUGCAGUUCGGAAUGUCUUAGUUGCAAGUCCAGACUGUGUGAAGCUGGGAGACUUCGGUCUCUCCAGAUACAUUGAGGAUGAAGAAUACUACAAAGCCUCCGUCUCCCGGUUGCCCAUCAAAUGGAUGGCGCCAGAGUCCAUCAACUUCCGUCGUUUCACUGCGGCAAGUGAUGUCUGGAUGUUUGCUGUGUGUGUGUGGGAGAUCAUGAGUCGUGGUCAGCAGCCAUUUUUCUGGCUGGAGAACCGAGACGUCAUCAACCAGCUGGAGCAAGGCAUCCGGCUCCCCAAGCCUGAGAACUGUCCUCCAGCUCUGUACUCGCUGAUGACCCGCUGCUGGUCCUAUGACCCAAGAGAGAGACCCACGUUCACCGAGCUGGUGGUCAAGAUCAGUGAUGUCCACAAGAUGGAGAAAGAGGAGGAGGAGGAGCGAGGGAGGGGGCUGAGAGAAAGAACGCGCUCCACCAAAUAUUUUGAACCCAAGUUCAAAUUUGACGAACCUCCUCCCAAGCCGUCCAGGAUGAAACCGGGCCGCUUCGGGAACACGCUCAGUAUCGGCCUCCACAUCCAGCUGAAUGAGGCCUUGUGUGCCAGCUCGCCUGACCUGGCCAGUCCGUCUGAAUACCAGUCCCCUGUGGACUCCAUGAACUCACUCACCUUACCUGUCCGGUCACCGAGACGUCGCAGCAUGGGGGAGAGUGAGUUCAUGCGAGCGGACGCCACCAGCCGAGGGGACGCCCAAAGGCUGUGGCAGCAAGAGCGCCACCACAUGCAGGACACUCUCCGCAUGCAGAAGGAGCAGAUGAUGGAGGAUGAAAAGUGGCUGGAGAAGGAGGAGAGACGCCUGGACCCCAUGGGCCCAGAAGAAACCACCAGCCCUGUGUUUGUUGACUCUGAUGGUGAAAAUGCUCCACCAGUCAAGCCUCCGAGACUCGCUGCUCAGCCCGCACCAACUGCUGAACUGGACCGCUCUGACGACAAAGUGUAUCAGUACGUCAUGGAUCUGGUCAAAGUAGUGGUGCAGCUGAAGAACGACAUCCCUGACCUGCAGCCUGACCAGUACAUCACCAUCGUAAAGUCGGUGGGCUUGGCACUCCGGGACCUGAUCCACAGCGUGGAUGAGAUACUUCCAACUCUACACGACUCGGUCAAGACGGAGAUCGAGGGAACCCAAAAGCUGCUGAACAACGACAUGGCCGAGCUGAUCAGCAAGAUGAGGCUGGCCCAGCAGAACGCCAUCACCUCCCUGAAAGAGGAGUGCAAGAAGCAAAUGCUUGCUGCCGCUCACACUCUCGCCAUGGACAGCAAAAACAUGCUGGAUGCCGUGGACCAGGCUCGAGUCCGGGCCAACCUGGCCAAGCCUGUGGCUCCCUAGUGAGGACUCCUUGUGAUACGAACUGUCAGACUCUCAAACGCUGCCAAGUAAUCCGAACUCUUUGUGUAAAUGGUUUCUCUGUGAAGUGUGUGAUGAUGCUCAACAUUCAAGUGCUUAAGAAAGGGAAGCCAAAAAUAAAUCCAUCUCCCUCUCUCAUCGGUUCACUUCACCUUAAUCGCCUCUUCUACUGACUUUAAUUUGACUCCAGAAGGAGGUGUGAGUCACCUUGGUGGCGCUGGAUAUGACUCACCUGUCGAGACAAUCCGUGUCCAGAACCAUAGAGAGAUCUUCUGGGCCUUUUUUCAUUUAUGAUUUUAUCGUUCUGGAGUUUCAACUUUACAUUUUUAUGUUAGAUUAGAUGAGAUGUCCUUUAUUUGUCCAACAGUGAGGAGAUUCAAUUUGUUUUGUCUUAUUAUUUUUUCAUCUUUGCUGGAUCUCUCAUGACCUGUUUCCCCCUAAUACUUUCACUCUUUCAGUCUCUUACUCUUUGUUUGUUUGUUGUAGUACUCACUUACAUUUUAAUUUAAUCAACCUUUAAAGAUAUUAAUAUGUGACAUAUUAAUAUAUCAAUUAAAAAGGAGCGUGUGUUUUAUAGAACGAAUGAUAUAGCACAAUUCCUGCAUCGUGUAAAUGUUUGUAAUAUACCUUUCAAAUCGUGACAAUUUCACAAAUGAUUUAUAAUAAAAAAAAUGUAUAGCC